CUUCCUGCGGACGAGCCCGGGCCCGCUGAGCGCGCCGCCUGCCCCCGGCCAGCUGCUGUGCGGCGACCUGCCCGCCGCCCUGCUGGAGCACUGCGCCACGCUGCUGGAGGAGGUAGUAGCACCAAUCCUAGGCAACCAGAAGAACCACCACAGCUGGCCACAUGUGGUAUCACAAGACAUUAUGCGUCAUGUCCACCGCCUAAAAAGUAAUAUUUUCAUGAUUGUUGGUCAAGUAAAGGGCAAGACCUUACUUCCUCUUCCAGAAGGCUCUGAGAAAGUUGAAUGUAUAGAUUAUGAAAAAGAAAAAAUUGGGGAACUAGUAGAUAAAUCUUUUAUACAUGCCAUUGAAUCAGCAGUUAUAGAUUGGAGUUACCAGGUACAAGGAGCAUUGAAGAGAGAAUCAUCAGAGCCUCUUCUACAAGGCAGCAACCCCAACCCAAAGGUGGAAUUAGAGUUCUGGAAAAGCAGGUGUGACAAUUUGGAAUGCAUUUACAAUCAGCUAAAAGCCAGGAAGGUUAGGAAUAUGGCAGAACUUCUGGACAGAGUGCAGAGCAGCUACUUCCCAUCCUUCAAAGCAAUGUUCAGAGAUGUUGCAGCAGCUUUGAGUGAGGCCCAGGAUAUUAACCUGCAUCUGACACCUCUUCAACAUCACUUGGAGGAAAUAGAAAGUGUGGAAUUCAGUGAGGUGAAGUCAUUGGUCAGCCCCUUGCUCCAUGUGGUGUGUUUAAUCUGGGCCACAUCUAAGUACUACAACACACCUGCACGGAUAAUAGUGCUGCUUCAAGAAAUAUGCAACCUGCUGAUUCAACAGGCUCGGAACUACCUGAACCCAGAAGACAUUUUGAAAGGAGAAACAGAAGAAAGUCUGGGUAAAGUGCAGGAGGUGCUUGGCAUAUUGAACCACUUCAAGCAGACAUUUGAGGAACGAAGGAAAAAUCUCUACAUAUACUUUAAACCUGACCAAGAGAUGAAAGAAUGGGACUUUCAGUCUCACUUAGUUUUUACAAGAUUGGAUGGUUUUCUAAGAAGACUUGAGAUUGUAAAGGAUCUCCUAGCAACUGCCUUGGACAUAAUGAAGCUGGAAAAGAUAGAGUUCAGCGGGAUAAAAGGGAAGGCUCUAAGCCAGCAAGUCUUGAGCAUGUAUGAAGAGUUCCAGGAAGUGUAUAAAGUAUUGUCAGACCAUAGCUACGAUUGUCUUGACACAACAAACUUGGAAUUUGAACAAGAUGCUUCUAACUUCAAGCAACAAGUAGAAGAUAUGGACAGAAGGCUGGGAACUAUUUUCUGCCAGGCUUUUGAUGAUGCAUCUGACUUGGAACAUGCUUUCAAGUUGCUGGAUAUGUUUGGAAGCCUUCUGGAACGUCCACUGAUAGCUGCUGAUGCUGCUGAUAAAUAUCCUUUGCUCAUUACUAUGUUUGACAGAGACCUAGAAGAUGCUAAAAUGAUCUACUCUAGUCAUAUUCAAAAGGAGAUGGAGUUAGGCUACGCCCCUGUACACAGGAACAUGCCAUUAGUUGCUGGGGCUUUGCGUUGGACUCAGGAACUGAGAGACCGGAUCCAACUUCCAUUCAGUAAUUUUAGGCACAUCACACAUAUAUGCAUGGAAUCUGUUGAAGGAAAAAGAAUGAAACAGAAGUAUCAAGAUAUAAUACAAUUGCUAGAAAGGUAUCAGGAAAAGCUCUAUAAGGAAUGGUCCCAGACAGUAUCUGAAAAAUCAGAGUACAACCUCACUCAGCCACUUAUCAGACAAGAUCAAGAGACCAAGUUGAUUGCAGUCAAUUUUGAUCAUCAGCUGGUUUCAGUGCUUAGGGAAGUGAGUUACUUGACAGGAAGCCAGAUGGAGAGCAUCCCACAGACAGCAGCAGAAUUCUACGCCUCCAAGGAAUCAUACCGGAAGCUGGUCGCUAACUUGGAACUGAUGGUGAACAGGUACAACAAGAUCCUAAGGACAGUUCUUGAGGUAGAAUACCCUCUAAUAGAGAGACAACUUCAUGAUAUUGACUUACACCUGAAAGAUGCAGAAGAGACUCUAAACUGGAAAAUGGAAGGCCUCUGGGAUCACAUCUCUGAAGUGACUGACAGUGUUCAUGACCUUGAGAGAAGGAUCCAGAAAGCCAAGGACAAUACUGAGGAAAUUCAGAAUAUCAUGAGAUCCUGGGUGUCACCCAUUUUUGAGAGGAAAGAUGGGAAAAGAGAAUCACUGUUUAGUUUGGAUGACCGGCAUGAAUCAUUGGAAAAGCGUUACCAGCUCAUCAAAGAAUCUGGGUUUAAGAUUCAUUCUCUGGUGAAGGAAAACCUGAGCCUAUUCAUUGCAGACCCCACUUCUGACACCUGGAAAGCAUACAUUGAUUAUUUGGAUGAAAUGGUCCUGGAUGGAUUCUUUAGCGCUAUUGAGUGUUCACUGAAGUAUCUUCUGGAAAACACAGAUCCCAAGGCAGGACUCGCCCCCCUAUUUGAAGUACAACUGGAUUUGGUGAAGCCAGAUUUGGUAUUCCACCCUUCUUUGGACCCUGGUGCUAAUGAUGGCUUUUAUGACAUCAUAGAAGGACUCAUCAACGACAUCUAUCGAAUCUCAUCGUUGGUACCAAGACUAACUGAGCACAGCAUUUUCCCUCAUUAUCAGGCUGAUAUGGAGGACAUGGGUGAUUUAGCUGACAUGCGCCACAACCUGAUGGAGCGUGUUCAGAAUGUUAUGUCAAUUUGCUGUGAUUACCGCAGUUCCUUUGACCAUUACUCAUACCUCUAUGGGGAUGACAGGAAGGAAUUUAUACGCCAAUUCCUGCUGUAUGGGCAUGUACUUACUGCAGCAGAAAUUGAAGCCCAUGCUGAAGAGGGUGUUCCAGAGUCCCCUCCCACAUUGCAACAGUUCAAAGAACAGAUAGAUUCAUAUGAGAAGAUAUAUGAUGAAGUCAACAGCCUGGAGAUGACGAAUGUUUUUGAUGGUUGGAUGAAAAUUGAUGCCCGGCCCUUUAAAGCUUCUCUGCUUAAUAUAAUCAAAAGGUGGAGCCUGAUGUUUAAGCACCACCUCAUUGAUCAUGUCACACAUAGCUUGGCUGACCUUAAAGAGUUUAUAAAAAAUGCUGAUAGAGGUUUGAGCAAAAAAGUUGAAAAAGGAGAUUAUGAUGGGUUGGUAGAGAUUAUGGGUCACCUGAUGGCUGUUAAAGAAAGACAGAGUAGCACUGAUGAGAUGUUUGAGCCCUUAAAGCAAACCAUUGAACUACUGAAGAUAUAUGAGCAAGAACUGCCAGAGGAAGUAUAUAAACAACUUGAGGAGCUGCCAGAAAAAUGGAACAACAUAAAGAAGCUGGCAAUAACUGUGAAACAGCAUGUGGCUCCUUUGCAGGCAAAUGAAGUGACAGUUCUUCGCAAGGGCUGUGCAGCAUUUGAUGUUGAGCAGCAUAAAUUUAGAGAGAAAUUUCGCAAAGAGGCACCAUUCAGGUUUGAUACUGAAAACCCUUACCAAAUACUGGAUGCAAACCACAUUGAGAUUAAACAAAUGGAGUCAACCAUGGGUUCAAUUUAUGAAUCAGCUGGUUUGUUUGAAGUCAGUGUUCCAGAUUAUAAACAGCUAAAGCAAUGCAGGAAGGAACUUUGUCUUCUCAAGGAACUCUGGGAUAUGAUCUCUGUUGUAGACUCAAGCAUCAACGAUUGGCAGACCACAAAAUGGAGGGAUAUUAAUGUUGAAAACAUGGACAUUGAGUGCAAAAAGUUUGGUAAAGAUAUUCGAAACUUAGAUAAAGAAAUGAGGACCUGGGACGCUUUCAUUGGGCUGGACAAUAGGGUAAAGAACACCCUGACAUCUCUGAGGGCUGUGGCAGAACUUCAGAAUCUCGCCAUUAGGGAAAGGCAUUGGAACCAGCUGAUGCAGGCAACAGGUGUGAAAUUCACCAUGGAUGCAGAUACUACUCUGGCUGAUCUGCUGCAACUCAACCUUCAUAACUUUGAGGAUGAGGUUCGCAGUAUUGUGGAUAAAGCAGUUAAAGAAAUGAGCAUGGAAAAGGUCUUGAAAGAACUUAAAACAAUCUGGAGCAGCAUGGAAUUCCAAUAUGAACCUCACCCCCGGACAAAAGUUCCCUUGUUGAAAUCUGAUGAAGAUCUAAUUGAAACUUUAGAAGACAACCAGGUACAGCUGCAGAAUCUAAUGACUUCCAAGUAUAUUGCCUUCUUUCUGGAGGAAGUGUCUGGAUGGCAAAAGAAGCUGUCUGCAGCAGACUCUGUCAUUUCUAUCUGGUUUGAAGUGCAGCGUACAUGGUCUCACCUGGAAAGCAUAUUCAUAGGCUCAGAAGAUAUCCGGGCACAGCUCCCUGAGGACUCCAAACGUUUUGAAGGAAUUGAUGCUAAUUUUAAAGAACUGGCCUAUGAUGCUGAGAAAACUACAAAUGUAGUUGAGGCUACCAACAAACCAGGUCUAUAUGAAGAACUGGAGGAUAUUCAGAGCAGAUUGUGUCUGUGUGAGAAAGCCUUGGCUGAAUAUUUAGACACCAAGAGAUUGGCCUUCCCCAGAUUUUACUUCAUUUCUUCUGCAGACUUAUUAGACAUUCUUUCCAAUGGCACCAACCCACAACUAAUUCAACGCCAUCUUUCAAAACUAUUUGACAACUUGGCUAAGAUGAAAUUUCAAGUGGACUCUGAGCAAAAUCCAACCAAAACUGGAUUGGGAAUGUAUAGUAAAGAGGAGGAGUAUGUUGACUUCAGUGAUCCAUGUGACUGUAGUGGACAGGUUGAAGACUGGUUAAAUCAUGUGCUGGAUAAUAUGAGGGCUACUGUGAGACAUGAGAUGACAGAAGCUGUGACUGCUUAUGAAGAGAAACCAAGAGAUCAGUGGCUCCUUGAUUACCCUGCCCAGGUGGCCUUAACCUGUACCCAGAUCUGGUGGACCACAGAGGUUGGAAUUGCCUUUGCCAGACUAGAAGAAGGUUAUGAAAAUGCAAUGAAGGAGUACUACAAGAAGCAAGUGACCCAGUUGAAUACUCUCAUCACCAUGCUCAUUGGUCAUCUCUCCAAGGGUGAUAGACAGAAAAUCAUGACCAUAUGUACCAUUGACGUCCAUGCUCGGGAUGUAGUAUCUAAGAUGAUAGCUCAAAAGGUGGACAAUGCUCAGGCAUUUAUUUGGCUGUCACAGCUUCGGCACCGGUGGGCUGAUGAAGAAAAGCACUGCUAUGCGAACAUAUGUGAUGCCCAGUUUCUUUAUUCAUAUGAAUACCUCGGUAACACUCCUCGCCUUGUAAUCACUCCCCUGACAGACAGAUGCUACAUCACCCUUACCCAGUCUCUACACCUGACCAUGAGUGGUGCCCCUGCUGGGCCUGCAGGGACUGGUAAGACAGAGACCACCAAGGAUUUGGGGCGAGCCCUUGGCAUCAUGGUAUACGUGUUUAACUGCUCUGAACAGAUGGAUUACAAGUCUUGUGGGAACAUUUACAAAGGCCUUUCCCAGACCGGUGCUUGGGGCUGUUUUGAUGAGUUUAAUAGAAUCUCAGUCGAGGUACUUUCAGUAGUAGCUGUACAGGUAAAGAGCAUACAGGAUGCUAUAAGAGACAAAAAACAACACUUCAGCUUCCUUGGAGAAGAAAUUAAUUUAGUACCCUCUGUGGGUAUUUUCAUUACUAUGAAUCCUGGUUAUGCUGGACGAACUGAGCUACCUGAAAACUUGAAAGCCCUUUUCAGGCCAUGUGCAAUGGUUGUGCCAGACUUUGAGCUGAUUUGUGAAAUCAUGCUGGUGGCUGAGGGAUUCAUUGAAGCCCGGCUGUUAGCCAGAAAGUUCAUUACUCUCUACCAGUUAUGCAAAGAGCUCCUCUCAAAACAAGAUCACUAUGACUGGGGCUUGCGUGCAAUUAAGUCAGUUCUAGUUGUUGCUGGAUCUCUUAAGAGAGGUGACCCAGAUCGGCCCGAAGACCAAGUUCUUAUGCGCUCUCUUCGUGACUUCAACAUCCCUAAGAUUGUGACAGAUGACAUGCCAGUGUUCAUGGGACUAAUUGGAGAUCUUUUUCCUGCUCUCGAUGUACCCAGAAAGCGAGACUCGAAUUUUGAAUCAUUUGUGAAACAGGCUGUGUUAGACCUAAAACUGCAAGCUGAAGACAACUUUGUGCUCAAAGUGGUGCAGCUAGAGGAGCUUCUGGCUGUGCGACACUCUGUUUUUUUGGUGGGUAAUGCUGGAACAGGCAAAUCUCAGGUUCUGAAAUCUCUUUACAAGACUUACCAAAUAAUGAAGCGUCGCCCUGUCUGGACAGACCUCAAUCCCAAAGCAGUCACCAAUGAUGAACUUUUUGGCAUUAUCAACCCAGCAACAAGAGAAUGGAAAGAUGGACUCUUUUCAUCGAUCAUGCGAGAGCUGGCCAACAUCACACAUGAUGGUCCUAAGUGGAUAGUACUGGAUGGGGAUAUUGACCCAAUGUGGAUUGAGUCUCUUAAUACUGUCAUGGAUGAUAAUAAGGUGCUGACAUUAGCAAGCAAUGAAAGAAUACCCUUGAACCCAACUAUGAGGCUGCUCUUUGAGAUCAGUCACCUUCGCACAGCCACUCCAGCAACAGUGUCCAGAGCAGGGAUUCUGUACAUCAACCCAGCAGACUUGGGCUGGAAUCCUCCAGUGAGCAGUUGGAUUGACAGACGAGAAUACCAGUCAGAACGUGCUAACCUGACCAUUUUGUUUGACAAGUAUCUGCCAUCUUGCUUGGAUACACUUAGAGUGAGAUUUAAGAAGAUUAUUCCUGUUCCAGAGCAGAGUAUGAUUCAGACAUUAUGUUUCCUCCUUGAAUGUCUCCUGACUAAGGAAAACACUCCUCCUGACUGUCCCAAGGAACUCUAUGAACUUUACUUUGUUUUUGCUGUUGUCUGGGCCUUUGGUGGAAUGAUGUUCCAAGACCAGCUUGUAGACUACAGAGUAGAGUUCAGUAAGUGGUGGGUGACUGAGUUUAAGACCAUCAAGUUUCCUUCUCAGGGAACUGUCUUUGAUUUUUACAUUGAUCCAGAAACAAAGAAGUUUGAGCCUUGGUCUAAACUUAUCCCCAAAUUUGAAUUUGAUCCAGAACUGCCAUUACAAGCUUGUCUGGUGCCUACCAGUGAAACCAUACGAGUAAGGUACUUCAUGGACAAGCUCCUGGAACAACGGAGGCCAGUCAUGCUUGUGGGUAAUGCAGGCACUGGGAAAUCUGUGCUGGUAGGAAGCAAACUCUCUUCACUGGAUACUGAUGAGUACAUGGUGAAGAAUGUUCCAUUCAACUAUUACACCACCUCAGCCAUGCUUCAAGCUGUGCUUGAGAGGCCUCUGGAUAAAAAGGCUGGUAAGAAUUAUGGUCCACCUGGCACCAAAAAGCUCAUCUACUUCAUUGAUGAUAUGAAUAUGCCUGAAGUAGACACAUAUGGGACAGUACAGCCCCAUACACUCAUCAGGCAACACCUGGACUAUGGCCACUGGUAUGACCGAAACAAAUUGUCCCUGAAAGAGAUCAUGAACGUGCAAUAUGUGUCAUGUAUGAACCCUACUGCAGGGAGUUUCACAAUCAACUCACGUCUUCAGCGUCACUUCAGUGUGUUUACACUCUCAUUUCCUGGAUCAGAUGCUUUGUCCACCAUCUACAGCACCAUCUUAAGUCAGCAUCUGAAAAGUGGGAAUUUCCCUGGGCCUCUGCAGAAAUCUGCUCAGCAACUAAUAACCCUGGCACUUGCUCUGCACCAAAAAGUAGCUGCUAUGUUUUUGCCAACAGCUAUCAAAUUUCAUUACAUUUUCAAUCUACGAGAUUUAUCCAAUAUCUUUCAAGGCAUUCUGUUUUCUACCCCAGAAUGUCUGAAGCAUCCCCAAGACCUAGUGAAGCUCUACCUGCAUGAGGCAAACCGUGUGUACCGGGAUAAUAUGGUUGAUGAAAAAGAUUUUGACAUCUUUGACAAAAUGCAGAUGGAGAUGGUGAAGAAAUUCUAUGAUGAGACUGAGGAGAUGCUAGAACAGACCAAGAAGAUGAACAUGUAUUGCCAUUUUUCAAAAGGUAUUGGGGAAUCCAAAUACAUGCCUGUUCAGACCUGGGAGUCAUUGAACCAGAUCCUUGUAGAAGCUCUGGAUAACUACAAUGAAGUCAAUGCUGCCAUGAACCUGGUCCUUUUUGAAGAUGCCAUGUGCCAUGUCUGCCGCAUCAACCGUAUCCUAGAAUCACCCAGAGGAAAUGCUCUCCUCGUUGGUGUAGGUGGAAGUGGCAAGCAGAGCCUGACAAGACUUGCAGCUUUCAUUAGUUCAUUGGAGGUUUUCCAGAUCACUCUGAAGAAAGGUUAUGGGAUCCCUGACCUGAAGGCAGACUUGGCAAGUCAGUACCUUAAAGCCGGAGUGAAGAAUAUUGGCACUGUAUUCCUUAUGACUGAUGCACAAGUGGCUGAUGAAAGGUUCUUAGUGCUGGUGAAUGACUUGUUAGCUUCAGGUGAAAUUCCUGAUCUCUUCCCUGACGAUGAAGUUGAAAACAUCAUCAGCAGUGUGAGAAAUGAAGUCAAGAACCAGGGACUAAUGGACACCAAAGAAACAUGCUGGAAAUUCUUCAUAAAUCGGGUUCGACGACAACUAAAGGUUGCACUUUGUUUCUCACCUGUUGGUAACAAGCUGAGAAUCCGCAGCAGGAAGUUCCCAGCCAUUGUGAACUGCACAGCAAUAGACUGGUUCCAUGAGUGGCCUCAAGAGGCAUUAGAAUCUGUCAGCAUGCGCUUCCUGCAAGAAACACAGAAUAUUGAGCUUUCAGUCAAAGAUUCCAUAAGCAAGUUUAUGGCGUAUGUCCAUACAAGUGUGAAUGAGAUGUCCAGAUCUUAUUUGAGCAAUGAACGUCGCUAUAACUACACCACACCCAAAUCAUUCCUCGAACAAAUCAAAUUGUAUCAAAAUUUACUAUGUAAAAAAGGCAAGGAAUUGACUGCUAAAAUGGAACGAUUGGAGAAUGGCUUACAGAAACUCAACAGCACAUCAGCACAGGUAGAUGACCUGAAGGCCAAACUUGCAACCCAAGAAGUGGAGCUGAAACAGAAGAAUGAAGAUGCUGACAAAUUGAUACAAGUGGUGGGAGUGGAAACAGAGAAAGUGAGCAAGGAGAAAGCCAUCGCUGAUGAGGAGGAGCAGAAGGUGGCACUGAUAAACCAAGAGGUCAAACAGAAACAAAAAGAUUGUGAGGAAGACCUGGCCAAGGCAGAACCAGCUCUUGCUGCUGCCCAGGCAGCUCUCAACACCCUUAAUAAGAACAAUCUGACAGAACUGAAAUCAUUUGGGUCACCACCUUCAGCUGUCAGCAAUGUCACUGCUGCUGUAAUGGUGCUCAUGGCCCCAGGUGGAAGGGUUCCCAAAGACAGAAGCUGGAAAGCAGCUAAGAUUACCAUGGCCAAAGUAGAUAGUUUCCUGGAUGCCUUAGUCAACUUUAAUAAGGAGAAUAUACAUGAGAACUGUCUCAGAGCUCUUCAACCAUACCUACAGGAUCCCGAAUUUAAUCCUGAGCUUGUGACAACCAAGUCCUAUGCUGCUGCUGGUCUCUGUUCUUGGGUUAUAAAUAUUGUGAGAUUCUAUGAGGUGUACUGUGAUGUGGAGCCUAAGCGACAGGCUCUGAACAAAGCCAAUGCAGAACUAGCUGCUGCACAGGAGAAGCUGGCUAACAUCAAAGCCAAAAUUGCUCACCUUAAUGAAAACCUGGCAAAACUCACAGCCAAAUUUGAGAAGGCUACAUCAGACAAACUAAAAUGCCAGGAAGAAGCUGAAGCUACUGCAUGUACCAUCUCUCUUGCAAAUCGACUAGUUGGAGGACUUGCCUCUGAAAAUGUGAGAUGGGCAGAAGCUGUGAAAGACUUCAAACAGCAACACAGUACACUGUGUGGAGACGUCUUGCUAAUCACAGCAUUUGUCUCUUACUUGGGCUACUUUACAAAGAAAUACAGACAAGACCUGAUGGAUAGAAUCUGGAGACCGUACUUGUGCCAGCUAAAAGUCCCAAUCCCUGUUACUCCAUCAUUAGACCCUCUGACAAUGCUGACAGAUGAUGCUGAUAUAGCAGCUUGGCAGAAUGAGGGCCUGCCAGCUGAUCGCAUGUCCACAGAAAAUGCCACAAUCCUUACAAACUGUGAACGAUGGCCCCUCAUGGUUGACCCCCAGCUCCAGGGUAUCAAAUGGAUUAAAACAAAAUAUGGUGAAGAUCUGAGAGUGAUCAGAAUUGGGCAGAAGGGGUAUCUUAAAAUUGGAGAUAAGGAAUGUGAGUAUAACCCCAAUUUCCGUCUCAUCCUCCACACAAAGCUAGCAAAUCCCCAUUACCAACCUGAGAUGCAAGCACAGUGUACCCUCAUCAAUUUUACUGUAACUCGAGAUGGUUUGGAAGACCAGCUAUUAGCAGCUGUAGUGAGCAUGGAGAGGCCUGACCUAGAAGAACUAAAGUCAGACCUCACAAAGCAGCAGAAUGGAUUCAAAAUCACCUUAAAAACCUUGGAGGACAAUUUGCUUUCCCGGCUCUCGUCAGCAUCUGGGAACUUCUUGGGAGACACAGAGUUGGUGGAAAAUUUGGAAAUUACCAAACAGACAGCUGCAGAAAUUGAAGAAAAGGUCCAGGAAUCCAAAGUGACAGAAACAAUGAUAAAUGAGGCAAGGGAACACUAUCGGCCUGCUUCAGCCCGGGCUUCUCUGCUUUACUUCAUAAUGAAUGAUCUCAACACCAUCCACCCAAUGUACCAGUUCUCUUUGAAGGCUUUCAGUGUUGUUUUCCACAAGGCCAUUGAGAGGGCUCUUCCAGAAGAGAACCUCAAAGAGCGUGUAAUAAACCUCAUUGAUAGCAUCACCUUCUCCGUGUUCCAGUAUACUACGAGGGGGCUUUUUGAAUGUGACAAACUCACCUACACCGCCCAAGUUACCUUCCAGAUACUUCUGAUGAAUAAAGAAAUUAACAUUGUGGAACUGGAUUUCCUGCUUCGCUAUCCCUUACAGCUAGGAGUCACGAGUCCAGUAGAGUUCCUAUCUAAUCAUUCAUGGGGUGGCAUCAAGGCUCUGACAUCCAUGGAGGAGUUCCGGAAUUUAGAUCGGGAUAUUGAAGGGUCUGCUAAACGCUGGAAAAAAUUUGUAGAAUCUGAAUGUCCUGAAAAGGAGAAGUUCCCUCAGGAGUGGAAGAACAAGUCAGCUCUGCAGCGACUGUGCAUAAUGAGAGCCAUUCGGCCUGACCGCAUGACAUAUGCUGUCCGGGAUUUUGUUGAAGAAACGCUUGGGAGUAAAUAUACAAUAGGAAGAUAUCUGGAUUUUGCAAUAUCCUAUGAGGAGUCAGGACCUGCAACCCCAGUGUUCUUUAUCCUGUCCCCUGGUGUUGAUCCUCUGAAGGAUGUGGAGAAACAAGGGAAGAAACUGGGUUACACGUUUGACAACAGGAAUUUCCACAAUGUUUCCCUUGGACAGGGUCAAGAAGUAGUAGCAGAGCAAGCCCUAGACCUAGCUGCAAAGGAGGGUCAUUGGGUUAUCCUUCAGAAUAUCCAUCUGGUGGCCAAAUGGCUGAGUUCUCUCGAGAAAAAACUUGAGCAGCAUAGUGAAGGCAGCCAUCAAGAAUUUCGUGUUUUCAUUAGUGCCGAGCCUGCACCUUCAGCUGACAGCCACAUUAUUCCCCAAGGAAUCCUGGAGAAUUCCAUCAAAAUCACUAACGAACCCCCGACAGGGAUGCAUGCCAACCUUCACAAGGCCCUUGAUAACUUCAAUCAGGAUACCCUGGAGAUGUGUGCCCGAGAGAAUGAAUUCAAAAGCAUCCUAUUUGCCCUCUGUUAUUUCCAUGCUGUUGUGGCAGAAAGACGCAAGUUUGGACCCCAAGGCUGGAACCGCUCCUAUCCCUUUAACACUGGAGACCUGAUUAUUUCAGUCAAUGUCCUCUAUAAUUACCUGGAGGCCAAUUCAAAGGUUCCCUAUGAUGAUUUGCGCUAUCUCUUUGGUGAGAUUAUGUAUGGCGGGCACAUUACAGAUGAUUGGGACAGGCGACUUUGCAAAACCUACUUGGAAGAAUUUAUUAAGCCAGAGAUGCUGGAGGGAGAACUGCUUCUAGCUCCAGGGUUUCCUCUCCCAGGGAACAUGGAUUAUAAUAGUUAUCACCAGUAUAUAGAUGAUGUCCUACCUGCUGAGUCUCCAUAUCUUUAUGGUCUCCAUCCAAAUGCUGAAAUUGGGUUCUUAACUCAAACCUCGGAGAAACUCUUCCGCACUGUGUUAGAGAUGCAACCUCAUGACACAAAUGUUGGUGAAGGAGGAGGAGCUACCAGGGAAGAGAAGGUAAAAGCUGCUCUGGAUGAGAUUCUAGAGAAACUGACUGAUGAAUUUAACAUCCCAGAACUGAUGGCAAAGGUGGAGGAGAGGACACCAUAUAUUGUGGUUGCCUUCCAGGAAUGUGAACUCAUGAACAGCCUCACAAACGAGAUAAAGCGAUCGCUUAAAGAACUAGAUCUGGGAUUGAAGGGGGAGCUGACCAUGACUGGUGAUAUGGAGAACUUGCAGAAUGCUAUCUUCCUGGACACGGUGCCUGAGUCUUGGACUAAGAGGGCUUAUCCUUCUACAGCUGGCUUGGCUAGCUGGUUUGCUGACCUUCUCAACCGCAUCAAGGAACUUGAGACAUGGACAGGAGACUUCUCCUUGCCCUCCGCAGUGUGGUUAGCAGGAUUCUUCAACCCUCAGUCUUUCUUGACAGCCAUCAUGCAGUCCAUGGCCCGAAAGAAUGAGUGGCCUUUGGAUAAAAUGGCCCUGCAAUGUGACAUGACAAAGAAGAACAAGGAGGAUUUCAGCAACCCUCCUCGUGAAGGGGCCUAUAUACAUGGCUUAUUCAUGGAGGGUGCACGCUGGGAUGUGCAGACUGGGAUAAUCACAGAUGCCAGGCUGAAAGAACUCACCCCAGCUGUGCCUGUUAUUUUCAUCAGAGCCAUACCUGCUGAUAAACAGGACACUCGCAGUGUGUAUCCAUGUCCUGUGUAUAAAACCCGUCAAAGGGGGCCAACUUACGUGUGGACUUUUAACCUUAAAACUAAAGAAAACCCUUCCAAGUGGGUCCUUGCUGGUGUAGCAUUGCUACUGCAAGUUUAGUUGCUUCAAGGCAGGAUGCAUUCAUGGGAAACUGUUAACCAUUUCUUAUUUGAAUUUUUAAAGGAAUAUAUAUGAAAGAUGAAAUAAUUAUGUUUAGACUAAUAAGUACUGUAAUUUCUCAAACUCAUUCUUAAAAAGAUGUCACGUAUAGCAAGAAACACUAAAGUAAUAGUGUAGGAUGGAUUCUCUGCUACUGUAAAUUAGAGAAUUGCUUUUUACUGUAUUUACUUGAAUAGAAGAUGACUCUGAUUAUAAAAUGACCUCCCACCCCAUAAUUAGUUUCUAUAUAUGGGAAAUGUAUAAUUUUGUUAUAAUUUUCUAGAUAUAUAAUCUUAUUAUUGGAGGUUUGCCUUGAAUUUGUCCUCUUUCAACUAUUACAGCAGGAAAAAAUAUAUCUGGGGGAUCAGACAGCUCCUUUGCUCUUUGCUUCUCCCCAGCUUUUCCCCCUGAUAGCCCCUCCUUUUUCUUGUUACUGUCAGACUUUGCUCUCCCUGAACAUAUAAAAGCACAAAGCAAAUUGGAAAACAAUAACCUUGAAAACAAACAUGGCUAUAGUAACUUGCAUAUAAUGCCUAUAUAUUUAAUUCAUCCAGAAUCGAUGCAUAUUACUUUUUUUUUUUUAAACUGCUGUACAUUUUAACACGAGCAUGCCAUAAACACAUUUUGGAACAGCAUUUUAGCACUUACUAGUAUGGAGUGCAAACUAUGCAUGAUAUCUGCCCAGAGCCAAAGAGUCAUAACUUAUCAUGUAUUUCAUUGGGCUGGGCUCCUCCAGAUUUAAUAGCAUUACAAGCUACUGUGACCCCACAGCGCAGCACUGUUCAGCAUGUUUCUGUACUACAGGAUACACCCAACAAAGGAUCCAUGUGCUAAUUAGCCCCCACUCGUGAACAGAACUGGAUAUCCUUGUCACAAGUCUUAGGAUCCUCCAAAAAUGUAUAUGCAAAUAAGGCAAAGGGCAGCAUGGUCUGGCUCCACCUCAUGGAGAGUGGGGCACACUAAUCAUAUGUUCCAGGUUGAGAGAGGGGUGACAGAGGGAUUCUGGCUGAACUGUUUGGGGCCUGUUUCAUCAUGUUUGCCAGAGGACUAUGUGUAAUGGGUAUAAGUCUUGUUCAGGUCAGCUGCCCUAACCUAGCCUUGUGGUAGGUUUAGCUUAGCCUUUUAGCACCAAGGGAAGGGUAUCAGGGUUGGUUCUGACCCUUCCAAUGUUAUUUUGAUAUUGCAGGGAUUCCAGGGGUUGUACUAGUUCCCUGUGGAGAGAGCACCCACAAUUUUUUUUAGGAGGUCUCAGAUGCACGCACAUGGGGCCUGUCCAGAGGAGCAUGGUCGUGCGGUAUGUGGUGCCACAAACAUGUUUGCAGUGCCACAUACUGCACAGUCCAGCAAUCUCCACACUGCAAGGGCACACUGCCCGAGUGGGUACUACUCUGUUGUUUUGUUUUCUGUGGUUUUCUUGACCCCUGGAUUUAGGUAUAAAAAAAUGCGGGGGGUGGGAGGGAGGGGAAAUGGAGCAGCACAUGAGCACAUUCUCGGGUAGCGUGCACUGCUGGAAAGUAGAGCCAGGCCACCUGGAGCCAUGCUGCGGCUACUGGCCAGGCUCUGUCUGGCAGGAUUGCUGCACCUGCAGCUCCAUGAGGCCCUCAGGACCCUAGGUAAGGCUGCUGGGGCCAGCACGCUGCUGGGGCCAGCCUCCCCUACUGCCCCCUCCCCCCGGGGUAACUUGCCACGUACCAAAGCACACAUGGCAUGGGCUUUCCUCAGGGACAGGUAGCAGCGGUGCAAGGUGUACCGCCACUACUUGUCCCCAGGGAACCAAAUGUCCACGCAUGUCUGGACAUGCCCGUGGUUGCCAUCAGCCUGCUUAUCCACUAUAGCCUAUGUAUUUCAUAGUCACGCUUAGUGUUGGCUGCAUUUAGUCAAUAUCAUAGUUGUUUUCCAUUUCUGAGCACAUACUGCUUUUGGCAGUAGUUUAACAAUCCCCAAUGUAUUUAGUGUGACUUUCUUGUAUAUGAUUGUAAUACAACAGGCUUUCUUCUUGUGCCAAUUAUGGGGAAAAAACCUCUUCUUGUAUUCAAGUAAAUAUGGUAUUUCAAUAGCCCUAAACUGAUUUACUUUUCUUGAAGUUCUAGGUAGGUUUAAAUUUGAUGAAACCUACAUUUUUCUUUGUUUAUGUCCUUCUCCUAAGUCAGCUGAAGUCAGUGGGUCCCUCUCUAUUGGCCUUAACAAGCCUUGAAUUAAGCCUGUAGCUUGGAAUAAUCUGUGUGAUUCUUUCCACAUUGUUGUUUUCUUCAAAUAAAUGUUUCAGUGAGAUAUGAAGGAAAGUGCUAAUGCUGAGGAACCUGACACUUAUUGUGAAAAUCAGUUGUUUUAAUAUACUGUAAAAGUCCUUACUGAUACCCCAUUAAUCUUUAGAAAUAUUAAAAGAAGUGGUUAUUCCCAAGGUUUUUAAUAUCAUUGAAAUUAAAUAUAUGGUACAGAAAUUAUUUCAGUAAA